UGUGUCUGUUACCCUUUGACCUCACAGCUGUGCCGCUUCACUACUCCUGUCCCCCACCUCGCCGUCUACUCUGGCAUCUCUGACUUCCCCUCUGCCACCGCCUCGCCCUCUCUCCCUUUCCUGGCCCACACCCCGGCUUGUCCCUCCCCCAUCAGCGUGGCCUUGGACAGCACCUCGGCCUCUGAGCGGCGAGUGGAGGCCAGUGAAGGAGAAGGCGAGGGGAACCCUGCAGCUCGAGGCCCGGUAGGUGGCAACGUCUCCAGGUCUCGCAUGGCUCUGUCCCUACGUCGUCUGCUGAAGCGUGGCUGCACCCCUUCCACCAUGUUCGCCAGCUUGUCCCCGAAAUGCCACUCAGCUGCUGGGACAAGUAGUCGAAUCCAGCCUAUCAGCCCGGAUCAACCCAGUCAGGCUCCGCCCAGACGGAUUGCCAAUUUUUUCCAGAUUAAAGUGGAUAUUCCUCCAGAGUGCCGUAUCUACCCCAUAGAGUCCGAAGACGAGGAGGAGGAGAACAGGGCUGCCUCCCGGGGAGGAGUGGGAGCCAAAGAGAUCAUCUGUCCCUGGGAGAGCCUCACCCCACAGAACGGGACGGGCUAAUUGGCUGCAUUUACACCGGUAUAAAAGAUGGGGUUUUAAACUGUUUGUCCAUGACCUGACAGAGAUAAAAGAUCUCAUACAGAGCAUAAAGGGGGAAAAAAUCUCAGUGUUUAUCAAACCUGUGAUAAUGUGGCCAUAUUCUCACCACCAGGCCACAAACUACAACAUAAAUACCAAACAUCAGGAGACACAACAGUCAAUCUGGGACACGAUGGCUGUUGGUUUACAGUAGCCUAAGCAUCAAUUUACCAAGUUUUAACUACUUAAAGGAAACUUAUGUUUUGAGUGUCAAACACCAACCGCCUUUAGGACUGACCCAGUUUCAUGUCUGCUGCAGCAUAAUCAACCAUCAAACAAUCAUAGUUUCUCAAAAAUGUGGCUGAAUACACAGUGUUUUUUACAGCUGUUUAACUUUGUUACCGCACAGGAUUUUAGAAAUACUGGGCUCAUGAGUCCUAAUACUUCCAGUGUCCCUGCCCUCCAAGAUAUAUGCAAAAAGUAAGAUAAGAACUGUAAAAUGUCUGAUAUUUUUCUUUUUUGACUUUAUUAAUUUAAAGGUUCAGUGUGUAACAUUUAAGAGGAUCUAUUGGCAAAAAAAAUUAUUUAUAAGUAUGUUUUCAGUAGUUUGUAAUCAGUUACUAGCUAGGGCCUUUGGACGUAACUUGUGGUCGGGAAUGGAGGGUGAAACGAGUGAGUU